AACCUUAUUGAUGAUGAAUUAUUCGCCAUUAAGAUAAAAGGGAUCAUAUAAUGUAGGAUAAUCUAGGAUGUCCUAAGAUGCAUAGCUCAACCCCAAACAGCAGAAUGCAUUCACGAAUUAACAACAAUUAAACACUUCUUAACAUUAAGUACAGUAGUCUUAUAUACUAGAAAAUUUAGUCCUAAACCUUGUAGGUAAAUACCACUACUCAAUAACAAAAUGUAGUAUCUUAGUAGUCCUUCCAAUCGAUUAGAUCAGUUAGAGUGAAUUAAGUGUCUACGAGAUCCAUUCAUUAAUAAGUAUUCGCAAUCUUCAAUUUUAGGCUGAAGCAUAAGUAUCUACAACCAAUGUCAUUGUACCUCCUCAAUAACAGCCCCUGCAAUAAUCCUAAUAAAUUAGACUCGAAGGUCCAAGAUCAUUGAGAAAUUAUAUCACUUAAUCUCCUCAAGGCCCCUUGUCUCAUAAAUCCAACAAGAGCUUUUCACUUUCAAGACCUGCAUUCGUAGAGUACUAUCCUCCAGUGUAUAUGCCUCAUGUCGAACCUGUCUAUAAACAAACAAUCAUUGAAAAUCCAAUUAAAGUAGUCGACUUGGUAAGGUUUGAAGAAAUGUGGAGUAAAAGAAUGAGAGGAAUAGAGCAAAUGCUUGAGACCAAAAACUAAACAAUUGUUUAGUCCGAGAACUUUGAAUUAAGAGCAUAGAACAAUACUGAUAGUUAGACAAUUAUAGAUUUAUAAACUGAACUUUUUAGAGUGAAAACUUAAUUGGAAGAUAGAGAGAGAUAAAUUUCAUUAAUGAAGUAGCAAUUGUAAAAUGCUCGAGAUCAAAUAGAAUUUGAAAGCAGUAUUAAUUAACAAUAAAUUUAGAACAAAAUAGAAGUGCUUCCAACAUCUUGACUUCAGAAUUGAAUAUCAAAAUUACAUCUUUACAAUAAACUAUUUCUAAUUUAUAAAUAGAUUUAAAAUCAGUAUAAGAAAUGGCAGAGAAGUAUAAAUUGGAAAACUUUUAAUUAAAAGCUGAAAUUCAAUAGAAUUUAUCUAUGUUGAAUGGAAAAGAUGAAAUCAUAAUGAAAUUAAAAUAAUAAUUAAAAUCCUCUCUUGAUUAAUAUAAUUUUGAUGCAUGUAACUAUUUAUUUUAAAGUAAGAAUCUGGAAAGAAUGCUUCCUAGUAAAUUAUAAAUGAGUUACAAUUUAAGUUGAACUCCCUUUAGUAGACAAUAACUAGCUAAUAAUCGAAUCUAAAUUCGAAGGACGAUCUAAUUGAGAAGCUGAGAAUGGAAAUCAAUUAACUUAGAAUCGAGAGAUAGCAUAUCCAAGAUUUAUGCAAUUAAAAAGAUGAUACAAUAUCAAAAUUGCAAAUGGAAUUAAAUGAACUUUAUUAACAAGUGGAUUAGUUGACUGAGGAGAUCACAACAACUCAAUCAGUCAAGACCUUUGAGGAGGAAGCUAAAAUAUGGAAAUAAAAAUUCAAGGAAUUAAAUGAUACAUAUCAUGCAUGUUAAGAAAAAUUAAUGGUCAAAGAAGCAGAAUAUGAAUCAUUGGUUAAACAACAAAGUCAACAGAAAAUCGUAACUUCAACUACUUUUAUCAAGUAAAACAGUUCUCGCAAUGUUUUAAAUGUAAUUAUAAUAUUUUAUCAAAGAAUUCUGAAUAUACACAAAGCAGUUUUACAUAAAACAAUUUUACAUAAAAUGAAUUCGAUAAAUUGUAAACCCUUCAAAAACCACUUAUGAUGUGAUAUUUAAUCGUG